AUGCCAGUGGCCAGCCUCACAUCGAAGGUUCCAUUUCGACCGAUCAAAAUGAAACGUUGUUUAGUUGUAAUUUGUUGUUAUCUAAGUUUAUUUAGUGAAUUUGGCUCCGAUACCGCCGCAUCUAUUAUCAAUAUCAAACACAAGAACGUUUGUCCUGUUAUAAAAUUAAAAAAUGGAGUGGCUAAACGAAGAACCCCCAGAUCGAGGGUAGUAAAGUAUUUUUGUAACAGAGGUUACUUAUUAGCGGGGGAGAAACACAGCACUUGCGUCCGAUCUGCGUGGGAUCCCCCGCCUCCGAGAUGCGUGCGCCCGACUUGCAGGACAAUUGGCAAACAACUUAAUUCAGACAAUCUCGUCGUCUACCCGACGCACAGCAACGCCGUGCAGCACUUCUUCUGCAAAUUGGGCUACGCAUUGAACGGCCCUUCGGUCAUUUACUGCGACGGCACCAACUGGAGCAGCCACGUUCCGACGUGCCUGCCGACGGACGCGAAGCCGAAGCUCAGCUGCGACUUCGAGACGGCGGAUUUGUGCGGCUGGACGCACGACUUGAACCACGAUUUCGACUGGACGAGGGAGAACUUCAACACGCCGAGCGGCUCGAUCGGAACCGGCCCGAGCUUCGAUCACACCAAAGGGAUCGGAAAAAACGGUUACUACAUGUACAUCGAGUCGUCGACGAGGGUGGAAAACGACACGGCCAGGCUAAUAUCGCCCGUUUACGACAAGACCGACGACGAUGUGUGCUUGGAGUUCUUCUAUCACAUGUUCGGGUCCACCAUUGGAACGCUGCGGGCGUACGUGAAGCCGGUGAACGACUCCUGGAGCUUGGAUCCCAAGUCGGCGAUAUUCUCCAAGAGCGGGAAUCAGGGGGAUAAAUGGUACAGGAGCUACCACCACUUGGGCGUUAUGAAAGACGAAUUCCAGAUUAUUAUAGAAGGUGUAAGAGGAUCUAAUUACAUAAGCGACAUCGCUAUAGACGAUGUUAAGGUAAUACUGAAUUGCACGGACGAAGGGGAAACUACUACUGUAACAAUGGAAAGCGCUACUUACAACGAGGUAAUUCCAACGGUCGAUACCUGCGAAAAUCGCUGCGGUAAAACGGAACCUUCCACGAACGAUAACUAUCAUUUAACCUGUGACUGCGAUUUUGAUUGCGUCGAUGCGCACAGAUGUUGUCCAGAUUUUUUUGAUGCUUGUUUCGGAUACCUAGUCUCGACGACCGAGAGUACGACUUUCGGCAAUGAAAAUACAACCAGUCGAGUACCUCUUCUGGAAACCACCACCGUCUCAACAAAAGAAACGACCCACCCUACUCGCACGAAAACGACUCAAACAACAACGAAACCACCCUCAAAACCCACCCAGAAGCACCCCAGGCCUGUGGUGUACCUCCAAACACCGCGACCCACUACGGUGAUUUACCGGAAAAUCCUCCCUACGUCUAAACCGCCUCCGAGCACCAAGUCCUCCAACGAAAUCGGCAACGGCUUCGACGACGCUUUCGACGUGCCCAAACCCCCCAACAACGACGAGGGUACCUACGAAGUGGCCGAAGGAGUCGACGAUUUUCUGUCGAGCGAAAUCGAAAACACCAUCGAGGGCAAUCCCCUGCUAACCAGCUUCAACGAGAGCAAACUCUACAGCACGACCUACGUCGAAGAGGGGAAGCCCAACGUGCUGGUGAUCGUCAUCAGUACGAUGUGCAUCGUGGUGUUCGUCUCGGUGACGACGUUCGGGGUGCUCCGAAGGUACCGUUUCAACAGGGGGUUUAUGUCGUACAACAGGCACGGUCGGGGCGACGAGGUCAGGUUUGUGAACACGUCGGAUGAUCUCGAUUUUUCCCUGCCUGAUAACUAUGAGUCCAUGUAGAGCGCGUUGGAGAUUUUUUUUGCUUCAAUUAUCUAGCAAAUUUAUAUUUCUGUGUACUAUGAGGCAAAUGUAUCAAACCAGUAGUAGGUUAAUUAAAUUAAACAUGCCUGUAUGGAAACCUUUUGAAUACUGUAGAAAAAUUGAGACCAGUGAUGAUAAAUAUAAUGAUAUUAAUUUUUUUUUAUGUUUAUAAGAUUUGGCUCAUAAGUAGGUAUAUUUAAAUUGUGAUUGUUUCAUCCACGCAGUAUUAAUUGAGGUGUAUCUUCAAUUAUUAUAAUUUACUCGAUAAUUACAAUAAAUGUUAUAUAAUUGCCAUUGCAGAAUCAUUGCAGGACCACUGCAAGAGCUAAAGAUGUUUGGAAAACCUGUGAUGGAAUUAGUACGAGUACAUAAUUAUUUCAUCUUUUUUUUUUUGAAUUACCGUUUGAAAUAAAUAUUGAUUAGUUUAAAAUUUUCGUUGUACUUUACCGCUACACGCCCGAUAAUCUAAAAGACAAACAUUUCAGGAACGCUAAUUUAUCCACG